UUGCCAUACAGUGGAUCCCGUUGUUUUCAUGAGAGUAGUUGUGUUGUUGACAUAAUCAACGAUUUGAAGAAAAAAAAAACUCGACCCGUUACGCUGAAGUAUUGGGAUUAGGGAGCUCGUCAGUUGCUUCUACUCUGAUCGAGUCGCUUGAAUAAAAAAGGCGACUUGAUUUAGCCAGCACGAGCCUCUUUGUGAAAUCAGGGCGAAAGGGAUGCCGCUGCAGACGGACUCCGACGGACGCCAACAGCCUUUGGAUUUAAUCUCAUCGCAUUUAAUCGGGAAGAGCAGUUUCUCUAUAAAUUUAAAAGGCCUCAGAAUAACGCAUCCUCGACCGAGUGCUUUUGUAAAAUGCUUAAACUCGACUGCGAAUUAAUAGCGCGGCUGUGAAGUGAAGUGACGGGAAGCGGUAGCACAGUUAGCGCGCUAACGGCCAGCUAGCGUUAGCUGUUCGUCAACAAAGCGGGGCUCGCUAAUCUCUUUGCGUCACAGCGGGACCGUUUGUGUGAAGAAGAAGAGGAAGAAGAGUUUCCACGGGUUUAACUUGUUUAACACCCACUGCAUUCUGCCCGUGUGCUGAAACACAAUUCUCGACCGAACACAAUGAAACUGUUGGAAAGCUCCAGCUUUGAAGCCCUCGGGUCUCGGCUGUGUGUUGAAACCGGGGAGUCUCGCAUUCUUGGCAGGAUGGAGAGCUACUCCUGUAAGAUGGCAGGCGACGAUAAGCAUAUGUUCAAGCAGUUCUGCCAGGAGGGGGAGCCACAUGUCCUGGAGGCCCUCUCUCCCCCUCAGUCCACCAGCGCCACCAGCCCUUCACAGCUGGGUAAGAGCAGCGAGGACGCGGAGAACCCCUUAAGUGACAAGUGUUGCAGGAAGACUCUUUUCUACCUCAUCACCACGCUCAACGAGUCCUUCAGACCGGACUACGACUUCAGCGCGGCACGAGCCCACGAGUUCAGCCGGGAGCCCAGCCUCAACUGGGUGGCGAAUGCGGUGAACAGCAGCCUGUUCUCGGCCGUGGGAGAGGAGUUCAACUCUCUGGGGCCGGAGCUGUGGAACGCCAUCGACCAGGAGAUCAACCUGCAGGGCUGUGACAUCUACAGCUACAACCCUGAUCUGGACUCUGACCCUUUUGGCGAAGAGGGGAGCCUGUGGUCCUUCAACUACUUCUUCUACAACAAGAAGCUGAAGAGGAUCGUGUUCUUCACAUGUCGCUCCGUCAGCGUCUUGAGUGGCUACGGCCGCGAUUGUCUGGACAAUGAGCUGGACAUGGAGCUGGAUGACGAGGAGGAAAUGGACGGCUUCACCGAGGACAGGGCCCCCAGAGCUCUGUGCGUGUGAAUCUCGCCGACGGACGCCUCGGCCAAUGAGCAUCUGAGCGUUUCAUCCUCCUCGUAUUUGUGUUUUUCACCCAUCGUACUUUUAAAAAAAAAAUUUGCUGCCUCAUCCAAAAGUCAUUUCACGCUUUAGACCAACGCAUGUUUGAAGCCUUCUCUUCUUCUGAUUUGUAUUUUGUGACGCUUUGUUCCAAGCCCAUACAGCACACACAAACAAAUACACACACACAAGCUCCUCUACACCUGCCACGUUUCCAAAGAGACCCUUCACGGACACUUUUGUGGAAGGUCUUCCAAAGGAUGAGUGGCCAACAAAGACUGCAGGCGAGCGGAGUUUCUUUCAAAUGAGAAACCACCAGCAAGGGAAACAGACAGUUUAAGAUUGCUGGUGUUCCUACCUGAGAAGGGGCUGGGCUGUUUCCAUGGAAACCUAGUUAAGAUGGACGGACUGACUGCCAGCGGAGAAGUCAUCUGUUGGUUCAGUUUGCUAUUUGUGUGUUUGUUGCUUUUGGUUUUUACGUGUGACAGUGAUGUAACUGUGAACCCUCUUUUUGAGCACUGAGUUUUAAUCUGAAAAAUGCUGCAUUUGUAACUGAAACUUGUUAUUGAAUCAUAUUAAUACGACAGCUCAUCUGUACUUUAGACCGUAGGGCAAGAAGACUAGCCACCUUGGUUGUAGCCUAGACAAGUUUUGAUAAACGUCACAUUGUUGUUUCACUUACUAUACAGUUCUAUUAAUUUUAUGCCGUCUAAAUUGAGUAUUUUUUCACUCUGUUUAAUCCCUCUCUAAACCUGUGUUGUCAGUGUUUCUAUUUGCUUAUUACCUCAGUGCAAAGGCUUCUUUGAAAAACGAAUGUAUAAUACAAUUUAGAUGAGAAAAUAUUACAGAAAAUUGGUUUAAUGUACUUAUUUUUGUAGAUAUUAAGCUCCUUUUACGUUACUUACAAGUGGUUAGGAGUCUUCUUGACUACUCUGUGCUUGAUUUAUUUGGCAAAUACAUUGCAGAUGAGAAUAAACUGUUUGAAUCCUU